AUGUUGGGCAAAAAGUAUGAGAAAGUGGUACCACUUAUAUCAGUCAUAGAGUCGCCAACUGUCCGGAAAUUACCGCAAACUCCGGAUCUGCCGAACGUAUUGUUCGUUGGCAUCGAUUCGGUGUCGAGACUGCAGUUCGACCGACACUUUGCCAUCACUGCCCGCAAUGUAAUCAGUGGACAGGGAUUUCACACAAUUGGCCGACAAUACCUUUCCAGACCUCACACCAAAUUAAAGGAACUUUACGUCGAGAACCCCUGGAAUGAGACAAUGAACGCACAGUUUGACUACUUUCCCCUCAUAUGGAAAAUAAAUGGGGGAAAGGGAGUAGAAAUCAUUAAAAAGUAG